CCACUAUUAGAGGAACCCAGGGUCGCCUUCACUGACGAACUCUCCUCACACUCUCGAGCCCUACUAAUAAUAGCAGCCGCCACUGCCACCUCCGUCCACCACCAUCAUGGCUGCGAUCAGCCACCUGAGAGUCGUCUCUCCGAUGUUUAGAGCUCUCGGAUUUCUCUAUAAUCGAUCCUUCGGAUCGGCGGCGGCCGCGGUUCAGUACGACUAUGAUGAUUAUGAAGAAGAACACUACCAGUUGUGCAAGCAAAGUGCCAUGGCUGAUACAGAAGGUUCCGCACCGGAAAGUGGAGUGCAGUGGGUAAUGAUAGGGGAACCGGGCUCCAAGAGGCAUGUUUUUGCUGAGAGGCUCUCGAAGCUUCUUGAAGUUCCACACAUUUCUAUGGCCACCCUCCUUAGCCAGGAACUUAGUCCGCGUUCUUCUCUCUACCAGCAGAUAGCGAAUGCCUUGGAUCAAGGAAAACUUGUCCCCGAAGAAAUAAUUUUUCGGCUGUUGUCAAAGAGACUGGAAGAAGGAUAUUUGAGAGGUGAAACAGGCUUCAUUCUGAAUGGAAUUCCUCGCACAAAGAUCCAAGCUGAAAUUCUUGAUCAAAUCGUUCAUGUUGAUUUGGUUGUGAAUUUCAAAUGCUCGGAACAAAACUUUGCGACCAAGAAUCUGAGAGCUCGAAGAUUUGAUCCUUCACGAGAAUAUCUUAGAAUUGACAGCAAGCUGUAUACCCAAUGUGGAUGUUCCUGGAGAGAGAAUGUCCACGAUCACGCAGAGGAGUGCAAGCUGUUGGAGGACUACUACAGAGAGCAGAAGAAACUUGUUAAUUUUGAAGUAGCAGGUGGCCCUGGAGAAACCUGGCAGGGACUUCUGGCUGCAUUACAUCUCCAGCACAUUGAUGCUAUCACUUCUUCACAGAAGCUGACUGCUUAAGGUUUCAUCAAUCUUCUUCCCCCGCACCAUUCAUAUCCCCUCUGGGCCUUCUGAUACCUGUGAAUAUGAGAGCCAGAGUGGUCUAGAAAUUUUGGCGAAUGUUGAUGUUAGUUUUUCUUUUUGUUUCCUUCAUUAAUGCUUUGAGAAUGUAAGCUGGAUGCGUUAUAUGUAGCUCAAAGAUACGAUGCAAGUAUACGGUACUUAUGACCACUAGAGUGUAUUGUCUCCUUUUGCCCUUC